UCCGGUCAAUGUCUGUCGUUUCCAUGUGUAACACGGAAGUUUUUUGUGUCAUUUGUCGGGUUGUAAUAUUUUUUAUAUAAUUCGAUAUUAUACAAUAAGUAAAUUCAUUUUGUGUUAAGUGUUAUUGUUUUCAUUUAGUGUGUGAAUCUAGAAAAAGCAAAAUGCCACGAAUUAUGAUAAAGGGUGGUGUUUGGCGGAACACGGAGGAUGAAAUUUUAAAAGCGGCUGUUAUGAAAUAUGGCAAGAAUCAAUGGAGUAGAAUAGCUUCAUUGCUUCAUAGGAAAUCGGCGAAACAAUGUAAAGCCCGUUGGUUCGAAUGGCUAGAUCCGAGUAUCAAGAAAACCGAAUGGAGUCGCGAGGAGGACGAGAAAUUAUUGCAUCUUGCAAAAUUAAUGCCAACGCAAUGGAGAACAAUUGCGCCAAUUAUUGGAAGAACAGCCGCCCAAUGUUUAGAGAGAUACGAAUAUUUAUUGGAUCAAGCGCAAAAAAAAGAAGAGGGCGAGGAUGUUUCGGAUGAUCCACGUAAAUUGAAACCAGGUGAAAUUGAUCCAAAUCCAGAGACAAAACCUGCACGUCCCGAUCCCAAGGAUAUGGACGAGGAUGAACUUGAAAUGCUCUCGGAGGCGAGGGCAAGAUUAGCGAAUACACAGGGUAAAAAAGCGAAACGUAAAGCUCGCGAGAAGCAAUUGGAAGAGGCAAGGAGACUGGCGGCUCUGCAAAAAAGGCGUGAAUUAAGAGCUGCUGGAAUAACUGUGAAUCAGAAGAAUAAACGAAAACGAGAAAUGAAUUACAAUUCGGAAAUUCCAUUUGAGAAACGUCCAGCGUCUGGAUUUUAUGACACUUCAAAUGAACAUGUUGAUCCACUGGCUGCUGAUUUUUCACGAUUGAGACAACAACAUUUGGAUGGUGAAUCACGUCAGGAGGCUGAAAUGAUGGAGCGAAGGAAGGAUAAGCAAAAACUUAAGCAACGUAAGGAAAAUGAUAUGCCAAUGGGUAUGUUGAAUAAUGAGGAGCCGGUGAAGAAACGCAGUAAAUUGGUUUUACCGGAGCCACAAAUUUCUGACAGUGAAUUGCAACAAGUUGUUAAACUCGGUCGUGCUUCAGAGGUGGCACGUGAAAUUGUUUCUGAAGGAGGGGCAACGGAUAGUUUGUUGGCCGAUUAUUCUUUGACUCCAAAUACAGCCGUGACUCCGAGGACGCCGGCAGUUCAGGACAGAGUUCUCCUGGAGGCUCAGAAUGUUAUGGCUUUAGUUAAUGUGGACACUCCAUUAAAAGGAGGAUUAAAUACGCCGCUUCACAAUUCCGAUUUCAGUGGCGUGGUUCCCGUUUCCAAUGCUGUCGUCACGCCAAAUACACUUCUUGCUACUCCAUUUCGAUCUCAACGUUCCGAUGGCACUCCAAUUGGAUCGUUCACAACUCCUGGCUCAGUGCGAACGCAAAAUGGUGUUCUUGCACCGACUCCAAUUCGCGACAAACUUAAUAUCAAUUCUGAAGAAGCUUUGGAGGGUUCAGAAACUCCAACGCUUAAAAAACAGGCGAAGGAACAAUUAUGGGCUGGACUUCGUUCCUUACCGACGCCACGAAACGAUUAUGAAAUCGUCGUUCCUGAGGACGAAACAGACGAAAUUGGCCAAACUUCAAUGAACGAUAUUAUUGAAGAUCAGGCCGAUGUCGAUGCUAGAAAACAACAAGAAAUUAUUGAACAGAAACAAAGAGAAUUGGCGAGACGUUCACAAGUUAUACAGAGGGAGAUGCCACGACCAAUAGAAGUGAAUCUUAAUAUAUUGCGACCAACAUCGGAUUCUUUGAACGAUUUACAGAGAGCUGAGGAAUUAAUUAAACGCGAAAUGAUAACAAUGUUGCAGUACGAUGCACUAAAUAAUCCAGUGCCAAUGAAUAAACGAUCGAAUAAUGCAAUGUCUCAGGCUCAGGGUUAUUUGAAUUCUCAUCCUUAUAAGAAUUUCGAGAAGGAUGAAUUGGAGGAGGCGAAAAAAUUAGUUGAAAAUGAAAUGAACGUUGUGCGUAAAGGAAUGGAUCAUGGAGAUAUCAGUUUGGAGGCUUAUUGCACCGUUUGGGAAGAGUGUCUUUCACAGAUUUUGUACUUGGAACCACAGAAACGAUACACGCGAGCAACGCUCGUAUCGAAAAAGGACAGAAUUGAUGCGUGCGAGAGGAAAUUGGAGGAAAAUCGAAUGCUGAUGACGGGCGAGGCGAAACGUGCGGCAAAAAUGGAGAAAAAAUUGAAAAUCUUAACGGGUGGUUAUCAAGGUCGUGCUCAAGCAUUGGCAAAGCAAUUGAACGAUACGUGGACGCAAAUUGAACAAUUGAGAUUGGAAUUGUCGACAUUUAAAUUUUUAAAAGGCCAGGAGGAAGCUGCAUUGCCAAGGAGAAUAAAUGCAUUGGUUGAGGAUGUUAAUCGACAAAAGGAACGUGAAAAACAAUUGCAAAGUAAAUUUGCACAAUUGCAAAAUUUAUUGCCAGAAAGAGUGGCAAGAAUUGAGGAUAAUGAAAGGUCAGAGGAGAAUUUUGGUUAAUAUUUAAAUUUAUUACUACGUACAUUCUUUUAGAAUUCAAUAUAUAUUUACUCUUAAAUGAUAA